AUGCUUGCCUCACUUCUGAACGGUGGCAGCUUGUCGCUGGCAGUCAUCUCGCUGCUCGCCUCCACUGCUGCGGCAGAUGUUUUCGAGAGUCUACCUGGUGUUCCUGACGGAUGGCGCUACAGUCGCACACCGUCUGCGAAUCAACCCAUAAAACUUAAUUUCGGCUUGACCCAAGAAGGUCUACACGAAUUCGAGAAUGCUCUAUUAGACAUGUCAACACCCGGCCACCGAGACUACGGCAAACAUUUCCAAUCGCACGAUGAGAUGAAACGCAUGCUACAACCUAGCGAGGACUCCCUACACAGCGUUCAGAAUUGGCUCGAAGAUGCCGGUGUCAAGGAUGUUCAGCGCGACGCCGACUGGUUGACAGUCCACACCACUGUCGAGAAGGCAAAUGAUCUAUUAGAUGCAAACUUCCAAUAUUACGUCAACCAUCACAAGCACGUUGAGCGUCUGCGCACUCUCGAAUACUCUCUUCCAAAGAAUGUCAUUCCUCACGUGAAUGUUGUCUCGCCUACAACACGUUUUGGUCAGCUGAAGCCGAACCGUGCCACUAUGCACAGCAAGGCAAAGGCUGCUGAUGCAGCUUUCAAGAAGGCGGCUCUUUCUCCUUCCGCGAGCUGCGACACUGCCAUCACCCCGGAGUGCCUGAAAAGUAUCUACAACGUUGGUGACUACAAGCCCCAAUCCGAUAAUGGAAAUAAGGUUGCCUUUGCGAGCUAUUUGGAACAAUAUGCCCGCUACGAGGAUCUUGCUCUCUUUGAAAAGAACCUUGCCCCAUAUGCCAAUGGCGACAACUUCACUGUGAUCGAAUUUCACGGUGGUGGCAAUGACCAGAAUUCUCAAUCUGACAGUAGCGAGGCCAACUUGGACUUGCAAACCAUUGUCGGUCUGAGCUCUCCUGUUCCUGUCACCGAAUUCAGCACUGGUGGCCGCGGACCUCUUGUGCCCGAUCUUGACCAGCCUGAUAUCAAUAAUAACAAUAACGAGCCAUACCUUGACUUCCUCCAGAACGUUGUUAAGAUGAGCAAUGACGAGUUGCCACAGGUCAUCUCCACCUCGUAUGGAGAGGAUGAGCAGAGUGUUCCUGAGAAAUACGCGCGCUCUGUUUGCAACUUGUACGCCCAGCUUGGUAGCCGCGGUGUUUCUAUCAUUUUCUCCUCUGGUGACUCUGGAGUGGGCUCAGCCUGCGAGACCAACGAUGGGAGGAACGCAACUCACUUCCCUCCUCAGUUCCCUGCCGCCUGCCCUUGGGUGACCUCCGUCGGCGCCACGACCAAGACAUCUCCCGAGAAGGCCGUUUACUUUUCUUCUGGAGGCUUCUCAGACCUGUGGGAGCGCCCCAAGUAUCAGGAAGCAGCCGUCAGUUCAUAUCUGCACAGCCUGGGCAACCAGUGGUCGGGACUCUUCAACGCAAAGGGUCGUGCAUUCCCCGAUGUUUCCGCCCAGGGCCAGAACUACGCCAUCUAUGAGAAGGGUCAGCUUACCCGGGUUGACGGAACCUCUGCAUCGGCGCCUGCAUUUGCCGGAAUCAUCGCCCUUCUCAACGAUGCCCGGAUUCAAGCCGGCCAGUCCACCAUGGGCUUCCUUAACCCCUGGCUCUACUCGGACGCAUCUUCCGUUCUGAACGACAUCACUAACGGCGGAAGCACUGGCUGUGAUGGCAAUGGCCGCUUCAAUGGCCCGCAGAACGGUGGCCCUAGUGUCCCCUACGCCAGCUGGAAUGCGACUAAGGGAUGGGACCCCGUCACUGGUCUGGGAACUCCGAACUUCGCCAACAUGGUGAAGAAUGCAGUCAAGAGCUCUAACUGA